ACUAGUUCGCGGCAUUUACUGAGCACGAGGAAAUCGGCUGAGAUCGGUAGGUAUAUCACACAGUACAGACUAAUAGUACCCUGUGAGUAUAGUACAAUCCAGAAAUACUACUACAAUAGAGUACAGUACAUGUCUAAAGUGUUGGCUAGACAAGUGGUGCUAGACCAACUAAAGAGAAUCAAUGAUGCAGCCAGUAUCCCCCGAUGGUCAUUAACUACCAAUACCAGUACCAGUACCAAUACCAACAGCCAGAUGUUGGAAGCUCACUAUAAGUUAAAAAAUUUUAAAACUACUUGGAAAUUUUUAAAUAGUAUCGCCACCAUAGCACAUGACCAAAAACACCAUCCUACAAUUGAAACUACUUAUAAUAAAGUGAGGGUCACGACUACCACACACGAUGUCGGCAAUCAAAUCACCGAUCGCGACGUGGAGUUAGCGAGUGCGGUUGAGCGAGCAUAUACUGAGUAUGAGUAACGAGUAAGUAACGAGUAAGUAAUGAGUAUGUGUAUUGUAAU